UUGUGAGUCAGUCCGUUGGUAGCCGUUGUAGCUGUAGCACGCGAAACGCACAGCAGUAGUAGCUCGGUAGACGCUACGCUGUCUACUUCGAUCGGGUAGCGAUUGUGUGGUUGAGUGACGUUUUUAUUUUAUUUUGACUAGUGAUCGGUGGUCGGUAACCAUGCCGGUAUCCAUGCGUACUACGAUCGAGUCCUUGGUCAAGGAAUUCAACGACAGCACCAGCAAUGGCCCGAAACGGUUGCACCAGUCCAGGACGCGUUUCAUGCCCAUCGUGUUCGGGCGAGAUGGGCAACCCCAGCUCAAAAAAGACCUCCGCAGCGCCGAAGCGCAAGAUUUUUACGAGCUACGUGACCGAUGCCUCCGUUCCCGCACUCUUUUCGAAGAUCCCGAGUUUCCAUCCAACAGUUCAUCGCUCAGUUUCAGUGGCGAGUAUCGCUCCAACAUCAAAUGGCUGCGACCGUCCGAAAUCAGCAAAGAUGCGGUAUUCUUCGAGAACAGCUACUCGAGGUUCGACAUAAAUCAGGGUGAGCUCGGUGAUUGUUGGCUACUUGCUGCAGCCGCUAAUUUGACGCAAGAUCCGGUGCUGUUUACCCGAGUGGUUCCGGAGGACAACAGUUUUCGUGAGAACUAUGCCGGUAUAUUUCAUUUUCGGUUCUGGCGGUUCGGCCAGUGGUACGAUGUGGUGAUCGAUGACCGGUUGCCGACGAUAAACGGAAAUCUGGUUUACAUGCGAUCAACGGAGAAACACGAGUUCUGGAGUGCGCUGCUGGAGAAAGCUUAUGCAAAGAUGUUCGGGUCUUACGAGGCUUUGCGCGGUGGAUCCGCUAGUGAGGCAAUGGAAGAUUUUACCGGUGGUUUGACGGAAACCUUUGACAUGAAGGAUGCCCCAAAGGAUUUAUUUAGUAUCAUUGAGAAAGGUUUCACGAACCAUGCUAUGUUUGCUUGUAGUUUGGAACCGGAUCCAAAUAAGUUUGAGGCUGAGACACCGCAAGGAUUGAUCCGAGGCCACGCGUAUUCUAUAACGAUGGCCAAGAUGAUGGAUAUUCAGACACCGAGAACUAAAGGAAAGAUACCAUUGUUGCGGUUGAGAAAUCCCUGGGGGAAUAAUAAUGAGUGGAAUGGGGCAUGGAGUGACAAGUCGCCAGAGUGGACGUUCAUUCCGGAUGAGACAAAACGAGAGAUUGGGCUGAUCUUUGAAGUGGAUGGGGAGUUCUGGAUCUCCUACCAAGAUUUUGUGAAAUAUUUCGAUCGAGUCGAGAUAUGCAACCUUAGCCCAAAUUGUCCGAUCGUCCGACAGAGACCGGGGUACCCCUGGAAGCAAUCGUCGUUCGAAGGAGAAUGGGCCAUCGGAAGCACUGCCGGGGGUUGUAGAAACUAUCCAGACACAUUUUGGCACAAUCCGCAGUAUGUUAUACACUUGAAGGACCCCGAUAAGGAUGACAAAGAAGGGAAAGCAACUGCCAUAAUUGCACUGAUGCAGAAAAAUCGUCGAUCCAAGCGGAAUAAAGGAAUAGACUGUCUGACUGUAGGUUUAAUACUUUACCGAGUAACCGAAGCUGACCUCGUUAAGAAACCUCUACCGAAGGAGUUUUUCCUUCGGAAUGCUUCCACGGCAAGGUCAACCUUCAUCAAUCUUCGUGAGAUCACCUGCCGAUUUCGGGUGGAUCCCGGAAUCUACGUAGUAAUUCCGUCCACAUUUGAACCGAACCUCGAAGGAGAGUUUCUAAUUCGGGUGUUCUCCGAGUGUCCAAACUGCAUGAGCGAGAACGAAGAUUGCGUCGGUGUCUGUGAUCUGGAUCCUCGGGUCGCGUCCGAUGGUAACAACAACCAGCCAGUUUUACCAAUCGAUCAAAUACUGCCGGAUCCAGUGAAACCAAAUCCACAGCGUGAAGCAAUGGAACGACUUUUCGUGGAUGUGGCUGGGGUCGAUGGCGAGGUAGACUGGAUGGAACUUAAAUUGGUGCUGGAUCACUGCUUCCGUGAUGACAUAGCGGUCGCUGCCAAAGGAAUCUCACGAAGCUACCGGGUAGUGCAAGCCGAGGCUAAAAUCAGUAAAGCAUCGGUGAUCGCUGAAAGUGAACCGGUCUGUUGUGGUUUACUGGCGAUUCUACAGGAUUGGUAUGUGAAUAUGGCCGGCGGAGAUAAUCGGCCGGAGCAGCGCACCUCCAACGAUAUUAUAGUUUACAAAGAGAGUGCUCCAUUGAUGUCUGGUGAGAAAUCUCAGGACUCUUCAAGCAACGGUUUCUCCAAGGAUGCCUGCCGAUCGAUGGUUGCCAUGCUCGAUGAAGACCAAUCCGGAAAGCUGGGCUUCCUCGAGUUCCAGAAACUGCUAACGGACAUUGCUCGCUGGAAGGCGGUAUUCAAGUUGUAUGAUAAAGAACGAACUGGACAUUUGAAUCCGUUUGAAUUGAGGGCGGCUCUGCAGUCCGCUGGUUAUUAUCUGAACAACAAAAUUCUGAACAGUCUGAUGCACCGGUACGGUUCGAAGGAAGGGGAGAUUUGGUUCGAUGAUUUUGUCACCUGUGCGGUGAAGAUUAAAACCAUGAUCGAUAUCUUCCGGAUGAAAGCCGGCGACGGAACAAACGUUGCAUCAUUCAAUAUGGAUGAAUGGAUCCAUAAAACAAUUUAUUCUUAAAAAUCAGUUUUUACUUAAUGAAAAUGUCAUGAAACGACAUUCGUUAGUGUUUGAUAUAGGAUAGUCUCGAGUUUUAAACGAGAAGUUUGUAUACACUGAAUUGACUAUUUAUUGUGAAAAACCUUCCCUCUAUUUUUACUACUUCAUAAAUUUAAGAAAUCUAGAA